ACAGUCAUCAUUCCUAAGCAGCCCACAUUUAACUGGGUACACAAAAAUUGUUGUUUAAUUCUUAACAACUACUUGAUGGUAGACUUAAGUAUUUGACUCCAAGUCCCGUGCUCUUUUUACACUCCAACAAUUGCCUCUUGAAUCUUUUCAUCACAUAGAGCAGAGAGAGAAAAAUUAAGCAAAAAUUAAUAGCUAACAGUUCUUCAGCACCUACUGUUACCAGGUACGGUUUUCAUUGCCUACAGUUUUAUCUUAUUGAAUCCUUAACCAUUUUGCAGAAGAGAAAACAGGCUUAGAUGUAAUGACUUGCCCAAGGUCCACAGCUGCUAAACUGCAGUCAAGGUUGGAACUCCAGAGCCUGUGGACACUUAAAUGUCUACAAGGAGUCCUUGGGCUAGUGAGGGCUUCCCAGGGAGGGCCCAUGACUGUUCUGCUCAUUGUAUCACAUUGGCCUAGCACUGGUGAGGGGCACUCAGGUAUUUUAAUUAGAUCAAUGAAUAAAUGAAUGAAUUUACCAACCUGCUGGAAACGAAAAGAAUGGAAACAGCUCCUGGAAAGAAUACUUGGGAACUCUAGAGUUUGCCCAUUCAUUCCUUCCUUCCCUCUUAAACUCCUACAUAAAGGCCACUGCCCUGUGCCCACGACGGUGCUUAUACCGAGAGCGUCAAAGAUACAGGAAUCACAGUCUUGACCUUCAUUAUUCCCAUUUGAAUGCUGUGUCCCAGGCCCCGUAUUGUCUCACAGUAUUUACCACAACUACCCUAUGGGCUAAUCCUACAUCUCUAUUUUACAGAUUUACAAUCUCAGAGUGGCAAAGUCUCCUUAGGCCAAGGUGGUUCAGCGGAUUCCACACCAGUCAUCACAGGCUGAGCGUCACAGUACAAAGCAGGCGCGGCAGGGAGGCCGAUUCCGCGGGGAAACCACUCCCCAGCUAUUCUAGGCCUUGCAAAUCCACCGCUCCUAUCUACGAUCCCAGCCGGCCGCUCUACAGCCGUAUCCGCCGUAGCGUACCACGCUGCCCUGGCAGCCAGCAGAACAGCCGCUGUCGACUAACGUCAUUUCCGGCGCGCCGGCCACGGUACAUCCGGGUUCUGGGGUAGCAGAGGCGGUCUUCUCGCGCGGAUUGUGAAGCUGAAUUUGGUACGCUGGACCCUCGGAGAGACAGCAAGAGAGAGACAAGCCUGAGGCCUGACUUCUAGCACUCCUGAGUUUGAGCCCUAUGAGCAGUGGAACUAGGGACCACCAAGGAUCCAGAUAUAAUUCUUUCCUCAGUAAUAGAAAAAAGAAUCUGAGAUCUAAGAAGAUAUCUACUCAUUUUCUAAGUGACUGGCCAUGUCAUUGUCCCACUUAUACCGGGAUGGGGAAGGCCGCAUUGAUGAUGAUGAUGACGAGCGGGAGAACUUUGAGAUCACUGACUGGGAUCUCCAGAAUGAGUUCAACCCCAACCGACAGCGCCACUGGCAGACCAAGGAAGAAGCCACCUACGGGGUGUGGGCAGAGCGAGACUCGGAUGAUGAGAGGCCCAGCUUUGGAGGCAAACGGGCCCGUGACUACUCUGCACCAGUCAACUUCAUCAGCGCAGGGCUCAAGAAAGGGGCAGCGGAGGAGGCAGAGUUGGAAGAUUCUGAUGACGAAGAGAAACCUGUUAAGCAGGACGACUUUCCUAAGGAUUUUGGACCAAGGAAGUUAAAAACGGGUGGCAAUUUUAAGCCCAGCCAGAAAGGUUUUGCAGGAGGAACCAAAUCGUUCAUGGACUUCGGCAGCUGGGAAAGACACACUAAAGGAAUUGGACAGAAGCUUCUUCAGAAGAUGGGCUACGUCCCUGGACGGGGCCUCGGGAAGAAUGCACAAGGUAUCAUUAACCCAAUCGAAGCCAAGCAGAGAAAGGGAAAAGGUGCUGUGGGGGCUUAUGGGUCCGAGCGCACCACUCAGUCCAUGCAAGACUUCCCUGUGGUUGACUCAGAGGAAGAAGCUGAAGAGGAGUUUCAAAAGGAGCUGAGCCAGUGGAGGAAAGACCCAAGUGGAAGCAAGAAGAAGCCCAAAUACUCUUACAAGACCGUGGAAGAGUUGAAGGCCAAGGGCAGGAUUAGCAAGAAGCUCACUGCUCCCCAGAAGGAACUUUCUCAAGUCAAGGUCAUAGACAUGACAGGCCGGGAGCAGAAGGUCUACUACAGCUACAGUCAGAUCAGCCACAAGCACAACGUUCCCGAUGAUGGGCUGCCGCUGCAGUCCCAACAGCUGCCACAGUCUGGCAAAGAGGCCAAGGCCCCGGGCUUCGCGCUGCCCGAGCUGGAGCACAACCUGCAGCUGCUCAUUGACCUCACGGAGCAGGAGAUCAUCCAGAAUGACCGGCAGCUACAGUAUGAGCGGGACAUGGUGGUCAACCUCUUCCACGAGCUGGAGAAGAUGACCGAGGUCCUGGACCACGAGGAGCGGGUCAUCUCCAACCUCAGCAAGGUCCUGGAGAUGGUGGAGGAGUGCGAGCGGCGGAUGCAGCCCAACUGCAGCAACCCCCUCACCCUGGACGAGUGUGCCCGCAUCUUUGAAACCCUGCAGGACAAGUACUAUGAGGAGUACAGGAUGUCCGACCGUGUGGACCUCGCCGUGGCCAUCGUCUAUCCACUCAUGAAGGAGUACUUCAAGGAGUGGGAUCCCCUCAAAGACUGCACUUACGGCACCGAGAUCAUCUCCAAGUGGAAAAGCCUCCUGGAGAAUGACCAGCUCUUGUCCCAUGGCGGACAGGACCUCUCGGCAGAUGCCUUUCACAGGUUGAUAUGGGAAGUCUGGAUGCCUUUUGUUCGAAAUAUUGUCACCCAGUGGCAGCCAAGGAACUGUGACCCGAUGGUGGACUUUUUGGAUAGUUGGGUGCACAUUAUUCCUGUGUGGAUCUUAGAUAACAUACUGGACCAACUCAUCUUCCCCAAGCUGCAAAAGGAGGUGGAAAACUGGAACCCGCUCACAGACACUGUUCCCAUCCACUCUUGGAUCCACCCGUGGCUGCCCCUUAUGCAGGCACGGCUGGAGCCGCUCUAUUCCCCCAUCCGUAGCAAGCUGUCCAGCGCCCUGCAGAAAUGGCACCCCAGCGACUCCUCUGCCAAGCUCAUCCUCCAGCCCUGGAAGGAUGUCUUCACUCCUGGCUCCUGGGAAGCAUUCAUGGUCAAAAACAUAGUGCCCAAGCUGGGGAUGUGUCUUGGUGAGCUAGUCAUUAACCCCCACCAGCAGCACAUGGAUGCAUUCUAUUGGGUGAUUGACUGGGAAGGGAUGAUCUCUGUCUCUAGCCUGGUGGGACUUCUUGAAAAGCACUUCUUCCCCAAGUGGCUUCAGGUGCUGUGCUCUUGGCUCAGUAACAGCCCAAAUUAUGAGGAGAUCACCAAGUGGUACCUGGGUUGGAAGUCUAUGUUCUCAGACCAAGUGCUGGCACACCCAUCUGUCAAGGACAAAUUUAAUGAGGCACUUGAUAUCAUGAACCGGGCGGUGUCCUCCAACGUUGGUGCCUACAUGCAGCCAGGAGCGCGGGAGAACAUUGCCUAUCUCACCCACACGGAGCGGAGGAAGGACUUCCAGUAUGAGGCCAUGCAGGAGAGGCGGGAGGCUGAGAACAUGGCUCAGAGGGGCAUUGGCGUGGCUGCCAGCUCUGUGCCCAUGAACUUUAAGGACCUCAUUGAGACCAAGGCUGAGGAGCACAACAUUGUCUUCAUGCCCGUCAUUGGGAAGCGACACGAAGGGAAGCAGCUCUACACCUUUGGCCGCAUUGUGAUCUACAUCGACCGGGGAGUGGUCUUUGUCCAGGGCGAGAAGACGUGGGUGCCCACCUCACUGCAGAGCCUGAUCGACAUGGCCAAGUGAACUGUGGCAGGUCCAGAACCAGCCAGAGACUUGCCCCUGAGAGGGAUCUAUUGUAAAUAAACAGUAUUUUAGAUCACCUUCAAAA